AUGGCAGAGCAAUGGGGUGCACAGGUGUUUGCUGCGAGGCGGCACAAUGAAGAUACAACGAGGGGCUCUGCAUUCACGUACACAAACAGCAAUCAUACCAGAGAUCCUUUUGAGGGACCAAACUACCAUAUCGCUCCUCGGUGGGUUUACAACGUUGCUACAGUAUGGAUGUUUUUUGUGGUCGUUCUAUCAGUCUUCACCAACGGCCUCGUUUUGGUGGCCACUGCAAAGUUCAAGAAACUCCGUCAUCCCCUUAACUGGAUUCUUGUCAACCUUGCUAUUGCUGAUCUUGGAGAGACGGUCUUUGCCAGCACCAUCAGCGUGUGUAAUCAGUUUUUUGGAUAUUUCAUUCUGGGACACCCAAUGUGUGUCUUUGAAGGCUAUAUCGUCUCAACUUGUGGUAUUGCUGCUCUUUGGUCCCUUACUAUCAUCUCUUGGGAGAGAUGGAUAGUUGUGUGCAAACCUUUUGGAAACGUCAAGUUUGAUGCCAAAUGGGCCAUAGGUGGAAUUGUGUUCUCCUGGGUCUGGUCUGCUGUGUGGUGUGCUCCUCCCAUCUUUGGAUGGAGCAGGUAUUGGCCCCAUGGACUGAAGACAUCCUGUGGACCUGAUGUGUUCAGUGGAAGUGAGGACCCUGGAGUUCAGUCCUACAUGAUUGUUCUUAUGAUUACAUGCUGCAUCAUUCCUCUGGCCAUCAUAAUCUUAUGCUACCUGGCCGUGUGGUUGGCCAUUCGUGCUGUUGCUAUGCAGCAGAAGGAAUCUGAGUCAACCCAGAAGGCUGAGAGGGAAGUAUCCAGGAUGGUCGUUGUGAUGAUCCUGGCUUACUGUGUCUGCUGGGGACCUUACACCUUUUUCGCCUGCUUUGCUGCAGCCAACCCUGGUUAUUCUUUCCAUCCUUUGGCUGCUGCAAUGCCUGCAUACUUUGCCAAGAGUGCCACCAUCUACAACCCAGUUAUCUAUGUCUUCAUGAACCGACAGUUCCGCACAUGCAUCAUGCAGCUCUUUGGAAAACAGGUGGAUGAUGGUUCUGAAGUGUCCACAUCAAAGACAGAAGUGUCCUCUGUGGCUCCGGCAUAA